UCAACUUUCUCUCCAGCCACUUGGAAGGAGCAAUGAGAAGAGAGGAGCUGUCGCCCUGCUGAUGCCAGGACGUCUGGGAUGCAGUGACAAGCGUUUGUUUUCCAACAGGACAUUAUCUGUGUAUAUCUAGGGAAGACAAACGGUACAUUGCGGAUUUGGUAUAUCCAUCAAUCGGAUGCAAGCAGAACCAGGCCCAACUUAACAAUGGGCCCCAUACACCUGUGUGUCCUGCUCCCAGUAGCGGUAUUGGCAGUGGCGGCUGUCGCUGCUGAGUUGCCCGCAACAGUCGAUGAUGAGUACACUUGGCCACAGUGGAAUUUGCCUCUGGUAAAAAAAAGGCGCACUAUGCCUCUGAGUAGCCCCGACUUCUCGGCCCACACUCAACCGCAGGCGAGUGGAACUUGCGGGAUUGAGUGUCAGCUUCGCCUUCCCUCACUUUCUCUGGAUGACAUGGAGCAGUUCCUAUCCUACGAGACGGUUUAUGAGAAUGGUACACGCACAUAUACUUCAGUGUCUGUGCAAGGUCUGAAUGAGGUGACAGCUUGGUCCAGAAACAGCUCUUCCAGUUCUCGUUAUAAGCGAGAGGUGUACGGCACAGACAGCCGCUUUACCAUAUCUGAUAAGCAGUUCUCCACUAAGUAUCCGUUCUCCACUUCUGUCAAGAUCUCCACUGGAUGUUCUGGAGUUCUGGUGUCACCUAAACACGUGUUGACUUCCGCCCACUGCAUCCAUGAUGGAAAGGAUUAUUUGGAUGGUGUUCAGAAGCUUCGCGUUGGUAUUCUUAAAGAAAAAUCCAGGAGAGGAAAAGGAGGCAAAGGGAAAGGUGGACGAGGGAAGGGUAAACGGAGAAAAGGAGAUGACGUUAAAGAACUAAAGGAAGUGGAAGAGGAAGGGAGCCGAAAAGGAAAAGGAAAGGGUAGGAAGAGCCGGAGUCGCCGCAGCGUCGAAAUGGAGAAACCUUCAUUUCGGUGGACCAGGGUCAAGAAAACCCAAGUACCAAAAGGCUGGUUCAAAGAUGUGUCUGAUGGACUGACUGCAGAUUACGACUAUGCAGUCCUAGAGCUGAAGAGACCCCCUAAAGUCAAACAUAUGGAUCUGGGUGUUAUACCCUCAAUCAAGAAGCUCCCCGCUGGAAGAAUCCACUUUUCUGGCUUUGAUGACGACCGGCCAGGAAACCUGGUGUACCGAUUCUGCUCUGUCACUGAGGAGUCCAACGAUUUGUUGUACCAGCACUGUGACGCCAAACCGGGCUCUAGUGGCUCUGGGGUCUACAUCCGUCUGAAAGAACCGGGCAAAAAGAAGUGGAAGAGGAAGAUCAUUGGGGUAUUUUCCGGUCACCAGUGGGUGGAUGUUAAUGGGAAUGGUCUGCAGCAGGAUUACAAUGUUGCAGUGAGGAUAACACCUCUCAAGUAUGCCCAAAUUUGCUACUGGGUCCACGGAGACUCAAGUGAGUGCCAGAUGGCCUAAAGCAAAACAAAAACCUUCCCAAAUAACUCCACACCCCCUCUUCACUCAAAGGACGCCCAUCAGCUCUAACCGUCACCUGUGCCUCCUGCUACUAUCAUCUACAAACACGCAUUCCACAGCCAUACAGACUCAGUGUUGACAACAACAGAACUCUGUGACACAUAAAAGAGAACUGUGGCUUUUCUAAUUUAUUUCUUAAAAACUGAAAAAAAAUAUGUAUUUGAAUAGUUUACAGAUCAUUACAAUCUGCAGUUCUGCUUUCUGUAUAUGUCAAUGUUUUUUUUUUCUUGGGUAUAUUUCUGAAAUUGUGCUUGCUGCAGUUGUCUUUCAUUCUAACUUGUCUUUGUACAGUGACUUCAUCAUUGUAAAGAUGGACAUUGGCUUUGACAAAAGACACAGGACCAAAAUUAAUGUAAAAUUUUUCUUUCCACAACCAAGUAUAAAGAAACAUUUCAUAUGUGUAUUUUUGAUUUCCGUAUGUCUGGCUUUGUAUCUUUUUUUCUGACACAGUGGAGAUGCUUCUAAUGCAUUCUGUUUAGAACUUGUCUUGUCAGCUUUUCUUUGUUUUUUUCUGUCUUUGUUUUUGCAGUGAAUUGUAUUGUUAUUGUUGUGCACAUAAUUCUAUUGGUGCUUUUACAGAAGACAAUGGUGCUAAUUUAUGGAACUAUAAGCUUUUUUUUCAUCCAGGGAAAGGGAUACUCUUUAGAAUAUAUUUUGAUAGCCUACUACUGUAACUAUGAAAUUGGUCUGAGGCUACAUGUCUGCUAUGUUAAGGUGGAACUGAACCUUGUAUUAAUUUACUUGAUAAUUUAAUUGAUUUAUCUUAUCCCCUGGGUUUAAUUUGACCACGACUCAACAGUAUUGUUAAACACAAAUUUUAAUAUGGAUGUCAUUUUUUUAAUAUAUAUUUGUAAUGUUCCAAAAACGUAUUUUGUAAAAAACAAAUAAAUUCCAAAUGUCAAAUAUUAUUAAUAUUGAACUCCAAACAAUUAAAUCUGUUUUACUAAGUAUGUGUUU